CUCAGUGACUACGGUAGGUGUUUACGACAGUUGAGAGAGCGUUUGGGGCAGGGUGAGAUGAGACGAGAUGAGAGAAAGAGAACGAGGAAUGUAAACAACAACAACAACUAGCAGGUCUGUUUCUUCAAGCAGCACAGGAUGUCAUUCAUUACUGACUUCCAGCCACAACAAUUCAGCAUAUGCUGAUAAUACCCCAUCAUUCUACAAGGGAAAAACAAAGAAGUAACAACUGCAAUCUGUCUGACAUAUUAUGGUAAAGAUGGAGUUUGUUAAAGAGGAGAUUGAAGACAUGAGUGAUCCAGAACCAUCCAGAAUAAAACAUGAAGAUACUGAGGAACAAAUAGAUGAACAAAAAAUCUUAUGGGUUCGAAACUACAUGAAGACUGGAUGGAAGCGAUGGAGCAAAGACACAGACUGAAUGAAGUGGAGGAGAAAUGUGACUUAAAAACUCAAGGAACAAACGCCAAAAAGCCGCACGCCUGUGCUCAGUGUGGAAAGAGUUUCAGACAAAAAGGAAACCUUAACACCCACAUGAGAGUUCACACUGGAGAAAAACCGUAUACAUGCACUCAGUGUGGAAAGAGUUUUACUCAAGCAUCAGGUCUCAAUAAUCAUCUGCUCCAUCACUCUGGAGAAAAACCAUUCAACUGUGAUCAGUGUGAUAAAAAGUUUAAUUCGUCAUCAAAUCUAAAAAGUCACCUGAAAGUUCAUUCAGAUGAGAGGCCUUAUAUGUGUUCUUUCUGUGGGAAGAGUUUUUCACGGCUGGAUGGUUUUAAACAGCACCAGAAAAUGCAUAAUGUAGUAAGAGAUCAUGUGUGUUGUGACUGUGGGAAGAGCUUUACUACACCUACUCAACUGAAACGGCACCAACUAAUUCAUACUGGAGAAAGACCUUACAAGUGCUCCGUUUGUGACAAGAGAUUCAAUGUGUCUGGAAACCUGAAAGUACACGAGCGACUUCAUACUGGAGAGCAGCUGUACAACUGUACUUGGUGUGGGCAGAGUUUCAAAUCUUCCAGAGGUCUCUGUAAUCAUCUGCGCAUUCACUCUGGAGAAAAACCAUUUAACUGCGAUCAGUGUGGUAAAGACUUUAGAUCAUCAUCACAUCUGAACAAAGUUUAUUCAGAUGAGAGGCCUCACUUGUGUACUUUUUGUGGAAAGAGUUUUUCAUGGCUGAACAGUUUUAAACUCUACCAGAAAACAGAUAAUGGAGUGAGAGAUCAUGUGUGCUUUGACUGUGGGAAGAGCUUUACUGCAGCUGGCCAGCUUAAUCGGCACCGAAGAAUUCAUACUGGAGAAAAACCUUACAAGUGCUCAUAUUGUGAGAAGACUUUCACUCAGUCUGGAAACCUGAAAGCACAUGAGCGAGUUCAUACUGGAGAGAAGCCGUUUUACUGUACUGAUUGUGGAGAGAGUUUCACCCAAUCAACGACUUUAAAGAUUCAUAUUAAAAACCAUUGUCAUGUGUCACACUGAGCAAAUAUUUAUCCUCAGAUCUAAUGCGUUCAAGAAAAUCAUUUGAGAUUCAGUAUAUGGAGUUAUUAAAUUCAAUUAAAUGUGUAGUUGAACUAGCCUUGCUGUGAAAUACAAUGAGAUUUAUGGAUGUGUUUCUAUCUUGGAGAGCAGCAAAAGUGUGUGAUCACUGUAAUCUCUGAUCCAAAAUUAAAAGAGUCCGGAAACAAAUGUAACAAAAACCAACAAACAGCCAUUUAUAAGUAUAAAACGAUUCCUUAAAUUUGAGAUUUAACUUUAAUAUGGAGUUUUUGAAUCAUGUUUUUUAUAGAUUGCCUACACAUUUCUCUUCAAUUAUAGGCUAUGUAUAAUAACAAAAAUAAAAUGACUAUUUAACUGACAA